AGAACAGGAUGGGACUGUCCUUACAGGCGGGGCUUAAAGUUGGUGACUUUCUUCGAAAAACUGCAUCCACCACCAGGACUUUUCUCCCCACUGUGGAGCAGCUUUAGCAGCAAACUUGGACCUCGCUUUCAGGAAUAACAAGUAACUACGGUGCAAAAAUACCGACCUGCAACACGCUAGCAAACGUGAUGGGCCUGAUUAAGUUUCUGUGUGCGGUUAUAACCAGAGCGUUAUUUAUCCUGGUGUCUCUGACCGGGGUCUGGAGGGUGACCAGGGUAAAGGAAGACCCCAAUUACUGGUUCCUCACUUUCCUCUUUUUGCCGCUUGUUGCUGAAAUGUUCAUAACACUGAGGAGGAGAAAGGGCAAAGACUACAAAUGGUUUUCUCCUCCCAUCUUUAUGUUUCUCGUCAGUAUCAUUCCCUCAAUCUGGAUCCUGGAGCUCCACUACCAGCAGGACAAACUUAGCGAUCCACAGUGCAAAAAUCUUGACUCGUGGGAGAAUCUGCGUAGAGUAAUGACUGUGAACGAGACCCAGGGAAACUUCACAUACCAGAACUACCUGAGGAACAUUAACCAGGUGUUAUCAGCAGUCUGUUCAAACGACUGGAUCCUGGCUCUACAUCAGAUCCUUCUCAUCCUCCUCAUUGUGGGAAAGUGGCUUCUUCCCCUGGGGGGCGGGGUCACACGGGACGAGCUAUCGCAGCUUCUCCUUAUUUUUGUCGGCACUGCUGCAGACAUCCUGGAAUUUACCAGUGAGACGCUCUCAGAUGUCAAAGACAACAGUCCACAGCUGGUCUACAUCAUACUAGCUGUAUGGACUUGGAGCAUGUUGCAGUUCCCCCUACAUCUGUCCGUGGUGAACAACAAACCAGACAGUGAGGGUGAGCCAGGGGCCCAGGAGGUUUCCCUUCUGUCCAAACACAGCACAGACAUAUGGAACAUCGUGGAGGCAUUGUUUAUCCAGGACGGGCCUUUCCUGGUGGUCAGGCUCACUGUCAUGACCUACUUCGACGUCUUCCACCAGAUGCUGGUUUUCUUCGCCAUCAAGAACUUCAUGGUGGUAAUACUGAACUUCUACAGGUUGGCCGUGAUAUGCCAGGACUUUAGACCCUCCAGCAGCAACAGCAGGAGCAGCACGGUCCCCGCACUUUGAUGAUUCAGGGAGAUGGAGGGAUGAUGUAGGCAAAGUUUUACAGUUGCAGUGGACUGGUGAAAAUUGCCAUUGGAGCAGAAAAAGAGGGACAUUUUUUUUUUUUUUCACAAUGCACUUUAGCUGUGAAUAAUGAAGGUAUUGAGAAGAUAAAGUGUCAGUAACAGUUUCCUUACAGUUUCAAGAGGAUAGAGCUUGAGUUGUAGAUAUCAUUGUCAAGCAUUCAACUACUUUCAGAGUUUAUACUUCCCUUCAGUGACAUUUCAGUCCCUCUGGAGCUAUCCUCAACUAAGUUAAAAAUCCCCCAUCUAUACAGUACUUGAAUGAGAUAAUGCAAGCAGACUAAAUCUGGGGAUAGGGAGGGGGGAAAAAAGGAAAGAAGCAGCAGGAAAAAAGAUGAUGGCGGGUGAAACUGGAUCCUAUUAUGGUCUUGUGUGAACUGAUAAUGCAUUUUACCAAGACUGUCAGCUGAAUGAACCAAAUGCAAAUGUUUGAACACAGGAAAUGAAGUCAUGCUGCUGCUUAUGUAAGGCCAGAGAAAAGAAUAAUUCAACUUCUCUGUCUAUUUCCAGACUGUUCCUAGACAUAAUUAAGUUCAAUUUAACAUCAUUAUUUUUUUUUUUACAUGGUCUUCUACUCCUUAAAUCCCAAGAAAUCUUUUUUUUUUUUUUUUUGUCAAAGUCUGAUCAUAACAACAGUAAGAGCUUAAAAUUCCUCUUGACAUAACUUUGUUUGACUGAAAUAAUCAUCUCUGUAGAUAACAGUGAUACACAAAAGAAAACAUUAUCCCCUUAUAAAUGAGCCUGCACAACAUCAGGAAUUAUAAGAUCAAAUUCAAGCCUCACGUCUGUGUAGUUUAUUUAGUUCUCAGAGUUUCUCACUUAAGUCUACAAAAGACAACUGAAUGUCUGCAAUUAACAAAAGUCUUCACAGGAUUUUUGUCACAAAUUUUACAAUUUAAAUGCAUAUCAAACACGUCCAUUAUUUGUAAAGCAGAAUCUCCAAGCGUCCUCCUGGUGGUGCUAAAAGGAAGGUCAUGGGGUCACCAAAACUGCCAGAUUACAUGACAACAUGAAUGUUACUAAUACUCUUUAAUUCUCUAAAACGAGCAUUUAUGAAAUUCUUAUAUCUCCAAAGAAGAAGAAGGUUUAUGCCUCAUGAAGCAAAGAAAAGUCUGCUGUAAGCAGGAACGUUUUCCUCUGCUCGAUUUCUAACAAUGUGAUUCCUGGUGUCUCAUCUAAUGGAAGUAAGAACUGGGGGAAGAGGAAGAGAGAAAGACGGAGAGAGUUGUACUAGGUGACACAGUAGCUGCAAGUGUUGACACAAGACAUUUUCCUGUCUCAAUUCAGACGGGAAGUUAAAACAUCCCAUCCUGUGACAGGAGGCAUUUUGAAUAAAACACCAUGUUGUCUUUACUUUUAUUUUAUACCUCUUGAAUAUUCUUCUUUAAGAAGGAGAAAUGUGCCAUCAACAGGUCAAAUUGUCAUUAUCACAAAGUGAUACUUUCCCUACUGUUACUGUUUGUAAGCAUUACGAGAUAGUUGUAACUCUGUGACCUGAUAGAAAUCUUGCAUGCAUUUCUGUAAUAUCUUAAAAAGGGACAUCAAACAUGAAAUUACAGUCAGGUUUUCAACUCAAUUUGAGUUGUGCAUGUGUGACCCUUUGAAACAUCAGCAGUAUUUUUAAUGCCAAAGAAUCACUAUCAUGACUCCGUGUUUUAAACUGUACAGUCUAAACUUGUAAAGGGCUCAAAUGUUUUUUUUAGGUGCUGGAAUCAGACAGCCCAAAAGCAUUGUAAGCUGGACUGUCCAAGUGUUUAUGUCACUGCGUCAUUAUAUUAUUAUUGUUAUAUGUUUCUGUGGCUUUGCUUGAUAAUAAAUCUGUUAUUGUCAA